CCGAACCCGAACGCAUUUAAUUGAUUUGUUCUUCAUUUUGCUGGAAAAAAUACAAAGCAGUUUGCUUUAAUAUUAAGAUUAAAUCCCGGGUAUAGUGGAACGAUACACAUUGCCCGAAAAAAAAUUAUCAGUUAUGUCCGUGAAUUGGAUGGAAUUGAGCGGUUUGUAUGAGAAGUACGUCAAAUGGGUUUCCAGCAACCCGUCCGCUCUCGGCGACGUAGAAACAGCGGCAAAAUGGUUAUCCUACUUCGUAGCCGGAAAAAUUAACAAAUCUUCAGCUGUUUCUGAGUUGGUGUACUCUUUGUCGAAUCUUUUGGUGUUCUACAAUGAUCGGAUCAUCGAAAGAGCGAAAGGCUCUGUUCCCUGUGGAGACACGGGCCCCGUUGCUCGCAGGGUCAAGAUCAUUUUGACAACACUAGAAUACUGCGAGGUGUUCAUUGAACUGUCGGCCCAAAAGCUGUGGGGCUCACGAGGGCGCUGGUUUGUGAUUGUCGUUGUGCAAACAGUUAAAUGCAUCGGCCGUUUAAUCCUUACUUUGUUUUGUCGAAACAACAUUGUCAAGAAUCCUCCAAUUCCUGCACUGAAUCGCAGUGCGCUAGAGCAACCGGCAAAGGACAAUGCCUCUUUUCAGACUGAAGGUCCUACCGUUGUGCUGAAGCGGUCGGGACGCGUUAUGCGAAAAGUUGAAGGUGCUCCGCCUAUUGUUGCUCGCAACUGGAAACCACUAAAGCAUGAGCCCGGAGUGCAGAUAGUGCAAUAUGAGGGUCGGUUUAUUCGCACGGCCGAAUUGAUGUACAUUGUAAAACCGUUGGUGCACUUGGCGUGCAUUCGACGAUUUGGAAUGCAAAGUUGGAAAUCCUAUCUGGUUCCAAUGGCUAUCGAUGUGGCUAGCUUGCGGAUUUACUACAAAAAUCGAGAGGAUCUAUCCAAAGAGCAAAAGGCGGAGCUAUCCAGACGCUGUGUUGCGAUGCUAUUGUACCUGCUGAGAUCGCCCUUUUAUGACCAGUACAGCAAGGAAAAAAUAGCCGGUUUGCUUACACGGAUCGGUAACAACGUACCACUUACGGGAACGAUCACCGGUUUGCUUCGAUCCUACAUUCCACACUGGCAGGAAACAUACUUCUACAUGUGGUCAAGCUAAGUAUAUCGACUGUGAGGCAAGUUCAUGACGCAACCGAAUGACUGUGGUGGGUGAUUUAUGAAUUUGUAUGAUAAGAUUAAUAUAUAAUGAUUCGUUGAAAUUGUACGGUUAAAGGUUUAUUUUAAGUACGGGAUUGGAGGAAUCAAUCAUUGUAUAAUGAUUUAAUUAUUUUCAUGAAUAAAGU